AAGUUUUUACUUAUUUUUUAUGGUUGUUUAGAAAAGAAUUAGAGUGUUUACUGCUGCGAAUCUUUUUUCUCCUCAUCUGUUUCACUUCGUCCUUUUUUUCACAUUCAUUUCAACAAGUAAUAGUCUUUCGUUGGUUUGAUCUGGUCUGUUUAAAGUCGUUUCGGGACCUAAACAGAACACAAGUGAGCUCUCUUCUCUUUUAACUUCCCCAAUUCAUGCUUCAAAAUCUUAAGUAAAGGAGAAAACCAGUUUAUUCUGCGCAUCUCUGUGCCUCUUAGUCUUAGGGUUUUUGUCAGAAAUGAUGUCUUCGCUCCAUAAAUUGCGAAGAUUUGCACUUCACAAAACCGAUACCAAGGACAAAUUUGACUUUUCGCCUGCCGCUCAGGUCGAUGAGCUCGCUCAGGCUGCUCAGGAGAUGCAAGAUAUGCGAAAUUGCUAUGAUAGUUUACUCUCAGCUGCUGCGGCGACUGCAAACAGUGCUUAUGAAUUCUCAGAGUCGCUGCACGAAAUGGGUUCUUGUCUACUGGAGAAAACCUCGUUACACGAUGAUGAAGAAAGCAGUAGAAUUUUGUUAAUGUUGGGGAAAGUGCAGUUCGAACUACAAAAGCUUAUUGAUAGUUAUAGGUCUCAUAUAAUCCUGACAAUUACAAACCCAUCAGAAUCUCUUCUCAAUGAACUUCGCACAGUUGAGGAUAUGAAACGACAAUGUGAUGAAAAAAGAAGUGUAUAUGAAUACAUGAUGUCACAACAAAGAGACAAAGGAAGGUCAAAAAGUGGCAAAGGCGAAAGUUUUAGUCCACAGCAAUUGCAAACUGCCCAUGAUGAAUAUGAUGAAGAGGCUACCCUAUGUGUUUUUCGGCUAAAGUCCCUCAAACAAGGGCAGUACCGUAGUCUUCUAACUCAGGCAGCCCGCCAUCAUGCAGCUCAGUUAAAUUUCUUUAGGAAGGGACUUAAAUCACUUGAGGCAGUUGACACUCAUGUUAGAUCAGUUGCUGAACGGCAACAUAUUGAUUACCAAUUUUCUGGACUUGAAGAUGAUGAAGUGGAAGAUGGUGAGGAUAACUAUUAUUCUAAUGAAGCAGGGGAAUUGAGCUUUGACUACAGACAGAAUAAGCAGGGUCAGGAUAUUGUUUCCACAUCAAGAAAUUCAACGGAGGUGGAUGAAGUUGGUCUUUCAUUUCCUCAAACUUCAUUAGUGGAAAAUGCUGAGACAAACUUGGACAAAAACCCAGGAGAUCACCCGGCAUCAAACAGGGAGCCAAGAGGAAGCUACUCAGCCCCCUUAUUUCCUGAAAAGAAGAAUGAUCAGGCUGAAAAAUUUAGACAAAUACAGCAAUCAUCUAUAAGGAAAUCGGGCACAUAUGUGCUGCCCACGCCUAUUGAUGCAAAGGUCCCAAUCGCAUCAAGACCAAGUACAUCUAUUCCCUUUGCGAGGCCAACUAACUCCAGUGGACGCACGCACAACCCAUCACAUUCUUCCCCAUUGGAACAGAAGAAGCAAGACAAAGAUUAUGGUGAUGGUCACAUGUCAGAUCUCUCUGUCUUCAAACGACAGUCAGUUCUUAAAGAGAGCAACAUUAAUACUACCUCCACCAAACUACCCCCUCCUUUAGCAGAGGGUUUUUCCCUUCCGCAGCUGGAUGCAUUUACAUCUUCUGAUACGAAAAAUAACAAAGUCAAAGCAUUCUCUGGCCCAAUGACUAAUAAGUCAUCAUCAAAAAAGCCUGUUUUAUCUUCCAGUGGCCCCAUUACCUCUACAGAACCCAACCAGCAAGUUUCUGUAGUACUUUUUCCCUCACCAGUUGCUCAACCUUCAACAUCUCCAAGGAGAUCCCCAAGUGCUUCACCUCCGCUUGUUUCUUCUCCUAGAUUAAGUGAACUUCAUGAGCUUCCCAGGCCUCCAAGCGGCUUAGCAGGCAAGCCAGCAAAGUCUCAUGGUUUGGUUGGUCACUCAGCUCCAUUGAUGUCUAGAAAUCAAGAGCAUACUGCAACAAAUAAAAUUCCUUCAGUCAUUUCAAGUGCAGCAUCCCCUCUUCCUAUUCCACCAUUAAUUGUUCCUCGGAGUUUCUCCAUACCCUCAAGUGGCCAGAGAGCAAUGGCAUUACAUGUUUCGAAGCUUUUGGAAUCUCCGAAAGUUGGAGAAAAGGGUGAAGAAGUUUCUUCUCCACCGCUGACGCCUAUUUCCCUUGUAAACAUUAAACCAGUAUCAGGUGUUUCUGAAGUGGCGCCUCACUCUGGGCGUAUUAGAGGUGAUUGAAAUUUCCUCUUUCAUUGUUUGCUGUAUCACAUUGCUUGUGCAUAUAUUUGAUGGCUGAUGGAUAUUGGAAGAUUUUGUCAUUUGCCUGCUUCCAUCUUCCAUCUUGAUUCUUUAUGGUUAAAAAUUGGUUAAUUUAGAAAAGAAAAGGAAUUGGCUAUGAAUUACCGUCGUUCACAAUGUAAACGAUAGUC